AUGGACAAGAAGCUCCUUGACACCUUCAGACCAGUUCCAAACAUUCUGAGCAUUGAGGGAUUGGACAGGCCAGUUUGCGAAGUCAUGGCAGUGAGCUCGAUCAAGAGCUCGAUCGAGUCGAGCCUCGAACAAACGAACUCGAUCGAGCUGGGGACUGAAUGCAAGGAGCAAGCUCAAGGAGAUUGGUCUGAGCUCAAGGCGCCUAAAGUCGACCUCAAACCUUUGCCUGAGGGCCUCAGGUAUGCAUUUCUGGGUGAAAACUCAACUUACCCUGUCAUUGUGAACUCUGAUUUGGAACCUGAACAGUUGAGUGCUUUGCUUGUUGAAUUGAGGAAGUACAGAAAAGCAAUAGGUUACACUCUAGAUGAUAUCAAGGGGAUCUCCCCUGACCUAUGCAUCCAUAGGAUUCAUCUAGAGGAUGAAAGUAAGUCAAGCAUUGAACCUCAAAGGAGAUUGAACCCCAAUCUAAAGGAAGUAGUGAAGAAAGAGAUACUCAAGUUGCUUGAUGCUGGGAUAAUCUAUCCCAUCAGUGAUAGCACUUGGAUAUCUCCAGUUCAUUGCGUCCCAAAGAAAGGGGGGAUCACUGUCAUAAAAAUGACAAAGAGGAGCUGA